GUUCAGACUUCCGGCAAACAUGUCGGCGUACGUGUGACGACGACAGCAACAAAAAGCUGCGUUUAAAGGUUUCUGUUCUAGUUUUUUAAACCGUCUGCAGACAGUUUUUUGCUAAUUUCCAUCCGGAUAACAAACCUCUGCUGCCUUCGGCGCCUCCAGUGUUCGAGCCGCUGCCAUGGAAACAGAGGAACAGGCCAGGAACCGUUUCCAGUCGGAGCUGGAGUUCGUCCAGUGUUUGGCGAAUCCCAACUACCUGAACUUUCUGGCUCAGAGAGGCUUCCUCAGAGAGAGGCCGUUCAUCAACUACCUGAAGUACCUGCUCUACUGGAAGGAGCCCGAAUACGCAAAGUUCCUCAAGUAUCCUCACUGCCUGCACAUGCUGGAGCUGCUGCAGUACGAACACUUCAGGAAGGAGCUGGUCAACGCUCAGUGCGCCAAGUUCAUCGACGAGCAGCAGCUGCUGCACUGGCAGCACUACUCCCGCAAGCGCACGCGGCUGCAGCAGGCGCUGGCCGAGCAGCAGCAGCCGCAGCAGCAGCCGCCGCCGCACGGCAACGCCGCCGCCAAGUGACCAGUCCGGCGUCACGGCGACCGCUUGUAGAGGAUCCUGUGAAGAUCAGAGUCCGAGGAGGGAAGUCAGGAUUCUGUUUGUGGAUCUUCAUCUGGACUAGACGUGACGGAGCUUUUAUCUGUUGCAGGAAACGGAGAGGAAGGGUCUGGCUAUUUCCUGGAACAUCUCAUAUCUGCCUUUAAAAGUAGAUUUGGGAUUAAAUCUUUACAAGUGUUGCUUUGUUCUGCUUCUCCUUUGUUCCAGCCGGUCAUUAUGUUUGACGCUGAGCAGACGACCUGCAGCUGGUUCAUAAAUAUGGAUUCAAGUCCAGCCUCCACACAAGCUGGACUGUGUAACAACAGACUGAGCAGCAAAGACUCUGACAUGUGGUUUGUUUGUUGAAUCUUUUCCUCUGAUGAUGUAAAGAAGCCACAAACUCUCGGCCGACGCUCUGACGUCUUUACAUCUGUUGUAAAGCAUUUAUUGAAGCUGUUAAACGCUGAUUGUUGGAGCUUCGGUGAAAACCAAAGCGUCCGUCAGUCGUUCAGGAAACAGAAUCACGGUUUGAUCAGAGCGACGGAAAGAAGUGAAAUGUUGAAUUAAUAAUCAGCGAUGACUGAAAAACAACGUGAAUAUCAACAAGAACGGAAUCAUUUCUCUUUACGUUCGUCCUCUGGCAGAUUUGUACUGUUUCCUCUUUUUAAAUAAAGUAUUUAAAAUGUGAA